UCUUUGACUCAGUACACAGAAACGGGACAGAUUACUCUUGCUGAUCUGGGAGCGAAAGUGAUAGUAAACACACUCUGCGCUUCACUUUGACCACUGUUCAUGAACUGAAAGCUGUUCCACGUGGUUGUGUUUUUUUUUGUUGAAAAACGAAUAUAGUGGAUUAGAUAUGCUUGAGCUGUAGUUCAGCUGAUUUUGCUUGUCAGUCAAAUCUGACCAGUUGACAAGUGCUCAAAACGGUUUUAAAACCGUGAAACUAGUUUUGUUUAGGCCAGCAAACCAUGGUUUAAGUAGUUUAUUAAGGCAUAUAUGAGCAAGUUAUUAAAAGCAAAUAUGCAGGCAUGGAGAACAAGUAUCCAAGUAUUCCUAGCCUCCAGUCGAACUAGGAAUAGAUAUAGUUGCUGCUUGGUAGGGCUAAAGGAAAUAUUUACAGCUUUCACACAACGUGCAGCCUAUAGUUGCACAAGAGCACUUUUUUGUCCAAGAGACAGUGUUUCAAAGUCAGGUGAGAGAUUUACCUCUAGCAAACUCAAAAAGACAUUUGUGUCUAAGCAGCAUAAAUCUGCUGCUACUAGAGAUGUGAUUUCCAGAUCAACAAAAACACAGAAGGGAAAAGUGUCAUCAGAGCUUCAGAAACUGAGGUGUGAGGAUUUCAGGGAGUCAGAAAGCGGAUGGAUUUUGAGGCAUAUCCAAAAAGAAUCCGAGUUAAAUGAAGGUAAACAAUUAGAGAUUGUGUUCGGCGUGGCCCCAUGUUUGCUGGCCCUCACGCAAAGUAGGAGGAAGCCGAGUCGUCUCUUCGUGAAGAACGGUGAAGGGCCGCAGAGAGACACGAUUUUGAGGGUCUGUCAGGAGGCUGUCGAACGGGGCGUGCAGAUACAGAGAGUCAGUAAGCAAACACUUGAUAAGAUGUGUGGUGGUAAGGUGCACCAGGGGUUGUGUCUGCAGGCAAGUCCUCUUGGGUUUAUCACUGAUAAAAAACCAAUAAGAUCUCAUGAGGUGAAGAAUCACAGGGCAUUAUGGCUGGUUUUGGAUGGAGUGCAGGAUCCGAUGAAUCUUGGUGCUAUUUUGCGGUCUGCGUAUUUCCUUGGAGUGGAUCGAAUUGCCAGCAGCAUUCAUAACAGCUGUCCUCUGACGCCCACAGUGAGUAAAGCCAGUGCUGGUGUGAUGGAGGUCAUGGAGGUGUUUGGCUACGACAUCUUGAAAGAUAUGAUUAAGGUGAAAGCGGAAGAAGGUUGGCAAGUAGUUGGUACUGUUGGCUUAGAGGAAUGCAGUCCUCAAUCCACAGUUAUGCCAUGUUCAGAUUUCAAGAUGUCCAGACCUACACUACUGUUAAUGGGUGGAGAGGGUGACGGUCUGUCUCCAGAACUGCGUCAGAUGUGUGAUGUCCUGCUCACCAUCCCUCCACGCAGAAACCUGCACCCUGCAGUAGAAUCACUCAAUGUGUCUGUAGCCACAGGCAUUCUGCUGCACUCUCUUCUGUCCACACGCACAGGAAGCUGAUGAUGAUGGCAACAACGACAAGGCAGCAGCAUUAUUUACUCAGACGUCUCUCAUUAGCCCCCUACAGUGAUUAAUGACUGGAUUACUUCAUCAAUUAACAGUCUGAGAGUCUGGAGAGGCUCAUUGAUCAGAUAAAGAGAGGCUGUAGAUGCAUUCUGGACCAGUUACUGACUAUGACCACCUUGUUUAAGACAAGACCCGCACUACACAGGGUCACUAAGGGAAAACAUGCUUUUAUAAACAGAGGUGUAAUGUUUAAUUAUUCAUUUUCUUCAUUAAGGAUGUUAGUUCAUGUGCUUUAACACUGUAAACAUUUGCUACAUGCAGACUGAUAAAGUUAGGCUAAUUUUAUUUUGAAUAAAUAUAAAUGAUAUUUAUAUUACUUAAAAAAACAAAACACGAAUGCUCAAUAAUAAUUAACAGUAUUUGAAACAGCAUGGAUUAAAUUGUAGGCUAACAGUAUGUUGUGGGAUGCAGUAUUUUCACAGUGUGAUCUUAAUUUAUUGCUUAUUUUGGCAAAUGUAAGAGGUCAUCUAGGUAUUUCAUGUCUAGUGUAAAAAUGGGUCCCACUUUAUAUUAAGUGGCCUUAACUAUUAUGUACUUGCACCAAAAAAUAAGUACAAUGUACUUGUGUUCAUAUUGUAUUGCAAAACACUUUUAGGGUUAGGGACAGGUUUAGUGGUAUGGGUAGGUUUAAGGGUGGGCUAAGGUGUAAGGAAUGGGCCAAUAGUGUAACUAAAUAAAUUACAGAUGUAAUUACAUUCAGGUAUUUUAAAAAAUAUAAGUACAAUGUAAAAACAUGAAUGUACACAAUAAUUGCAUUGUACCAAAUGAUUAAUUUAAAUGUAAGUACAUAGUACUUAAGACCAUUUAAUAUAAAGUGGGACCUAAAAUGGUUACAUUUUCAGUUGCUACUGCAGCCUAUGCAUGUAUAUACACUGCAGAAAUAGAGCAAGCUCCAUCCAGUCAGCAGGUGGCACUGCAUAUAUAUAAAUUAGGAGGUGAACACUGAAUUUUUUUCUGUGACAAUUAAGAUGAGGGAUUGACACAUGGAUGCUGGUGCUAGACAAGUAACAUCUAACUGCGUUUACGUAAAGUUCAUUGGAUGGAUAUCUCACACUUCCAUUUCCCUUCACGCUUCAAAGCGAGGUGCUGACUGCAGGUUAUGGACCAAGAUGGUUUACAAUUAAACUAAAAUGUGCACGAUUGGCACGCCUGCGGGGAGCAGGACACGACGAUUAAGCUGCUAAUACUAUAGACAGUUAGACCUCUCUUUAAUUUUAUCCAUAGCUGCAGGGGAGAGGGAGAUAUGAGAUGAGACUGAAUGUAAUGAAGCACUCUAUUGUUUUUACAGGGAAGAAUGAUCUGAAGGUCUUUGUGACAGGAACAGCUAUCUGCUGAUGUGUCUCACAAAACAACCAAUUUGUUAAUCUCUCCUAUAGUUGAAUGGACAGAUAUGUGGAUUUUUUAAUAGUAACCACAACAGGCUAUUUAGACCACAGAGUUUUUGUCUGUGUUGGCUUUAAGCCAGAGAUGUAUUUAUAGAGUAUAGGAACAGUUGUUACAGUUCAUUAUAGCAGAGUUUCAUUGCAUUUCCUGUGCAUUUUGAUUAAAUUUGAUUCAAAUUAGAUUGCUGCAUUUAUUUUGUUACUGAUUUCAUUGCUUUGAGACAUCAUUGGAGGAGAACUGAGACUCUUAAGGUCAUCUCAUAGUCUACUUUUGAGAGUUUCUAAGACCAAGGUUAUUAAAGUUAAUUAGUACAUAAAA